UACAAAAGGAAAAAGGCGUCCCACACGGCAAAGGCAAAACCUCAACCCAGUUACUGCGAACGUUUUUUGUAUUUUCAAAUAUUUUUGGUAUACAUUCCAAGGGUCGGGUCUCCAAUUACAGCGGGCUUCACGAUCACUCAAGUUAAGUUAGCUCCUGCAUGACUGAGUGCACUCUAACUGUUUGGCUUUUUGCUUCUGUGAGCAUCAACUUGUUUUCCUGCUUCUGAUCAUGGUGUCCGUGCUCGCUAGGAAGGGUGCAUCCUUAUACAAAAGAAACUUUCUCUCCAGGACAUUCAAUCUCUGCUUCAAGUCCCUCACCACCAUUCCCAACAAAGAUGUUGAGGCUGCAGCGAGUUUACCUUCUGAAUACUCUACCAGCCCCCAUCUUUCCCCAUUUUUCUCCGACUUCAACCACCCCUCGACUGGUUUUGAUAUCGAGCUUGUGGAUCAUGAUGCUUGGGCGGUCUCAUCUGGGGUUGCACAAGCCUGGCGAGAACCAGCAUCAAGAGCUACUACUUCUUUUGGCCCGCAAGUGACUGGUGAGGCCCUUGAUGACCAUGUUGAGGGUGAGCUUGAUUUUGAGGACAUAGAUAAUAUGAGAGUUCGUGGCAAUCUAUUCUACAAGCUUGAGCGCAGUUCCAAGGAGUUUGAAGAGUAUAAUUUAGAUUUUCACAGGAAGAAAUCUUCUAAGAGAAAAGAGGAGGUAAACAAAGCUAAAACAACUCCAAAUGUGGUUUCCAAAGAUCACAAGCUUCCCAAAGUUGAUGAAUUGACAAGAAGUAAAAGUGUUGUGCCCCGGGUGGAUGACAUCAAUGAUGGGUCUACUGUGAACAAGAGGCAGAGGACUCCCACGUUUAACCAGCUUACAGGUCCUUAUCACGAACCGUUCUGCUUGGACAUUUUCAUAUCAAAAGCCUCUGUCCGUGCCUGCGUUGUUCAUAGGGUAACUAGCAAGGUUGUUGCUGUGGCACAUUCUAUUUCCAAGGACUUCAAGUUUGACCUGGCUUCUACCAAGAACAAAACCACUUGUGCUGCUGUGGGAGCAAUUCUUGCUCAGAGAGCAUUGGCUGAUGAUAUUCAUGACAUUGUUUACACUCCAAGGAAAGGAGAAAGGGUGGAGGGGAAGCUUCAGAUUGUUCUUCAGUCUAUCAUUGAUAAUGGCAUCAACGUAAAGGUAAAGAUUAAGCAGAGGCCCAAGAAGUCAUUCAACCGCAUUUGACCUGAGGUGUGCUCAUUCAGUUGCCAUUCCAUGGUUACAUAUAUGAGAUCCAUAUAAGCUUACAUUUUACAAAAAUGGAAGGGGAAUUCAGUUGCCGUCACAGUGACUAAACCUUGACGUUGCAGCUGGAAUCGUGGUCAUGCACCGUUUUUUAAAAAAACCUUGGUAAGGCUAGCCUAGGUAGGAUUUGAAUCAUUUGGAAACUGCGAAAUUCUACUUCCAUUUUGGAUUGCACACUUGUAAUAUGUGAAUAAAGUUUAGAAUUUUUAAAUAAAA